AUGGGCCAGCUCCCGUGCUUCGAUGGACGCUCUCCCGACCCCAAGGUGUGGCAAAGCCAAGCCAAGAGGGCGUUGAGGUGCUUCCUCUCGAACACGACGGACGAGCAGAAGUUGGACUACCUCCUCAUGCACCUCACCGAUGCUGCCUAUGUGUGGGCGGAAAGCAAGGACUUCAAGACGGUAGCAGGCUUCGAGUUGUCCUUCAGUGAGCGGUUCGUGUGGGAGUCAACGGCAACGGUGAUGCAGAAGUUAGCGGUGUUGAAGCAGAAGAAGGGGCAAUCAGUAACGGAGUUGGCGGACGAGGUAAGGCAAUUGGCCUCGUACGUGAAGGAAUACCCGACCGCCAUGAUGGUGAGAGCCUAUAUUGAGGGGUUGGAGGACCAGGGGUUGAGGGAGAAGGUGUUGGGAGCUAGGCCGGUAUCAUUGGAGACAGCGGAGGAAGCAGCCAAGUACUUCGUAUCGUAUGCACAGCCAAAGGAGAUAGCAAAGGAGGAGAAGAAGGUGAAGGAGGAGACGGAGGUAGAGAAGAUCACGAAGCAGUUGGAGCGAUUGACCAUGCAACUCACGCAGAUGCAGCAAGGUAGGGGACCUGGGAUCCUACCUAGGCCGGGAGGAGGAGCGGGAGGAGGUUUCAAGUGCUACCAGUGCGAGAAGGAGGGGCACAUGGCAAGGGAGUGCCCUAAUAAGGGGAGGGUAACCAUGAAUGUGAUGCAGCAGUUAGUGGAGAAGUCUAGACCCGCCAUGACCAUAGCGGAGUUCUUAAAUGGCGAGGAAGGAGGAGUAGAUAUGUUGGUGGGAGAACGGAAGCGGCGAGCAGUUAGGGAUCCGGAGGGAUGGGGCAUUGACGAGGCAAGGGAGGAGUUGAGGAAGAAGCUGGUGAGUUGGCGGCCACCAACUCCCAUAGGCCCCGUGGUGAUGGGAACGGAGUCGGUUUCCUUGGUGUUAACCUGCGCCGCUGGUGAUAACCCGACUGCCGACCAGAGCGACCACAACAUCGACGACCAGGACCUCUCUCCCGAUGGUGGGCCUGUUGUUGAUGACUCCGGCGACGUCGGGGUCCCGCUAGUCCGCUCUCCUGGUGUUACUAAUCCCAGGGACGAUCCCACAAGCCCGCGUGUGCACUGGACGGCCACCGAGAUGCUUCAGCUGGUGCAGGCCAGGGUCGACCUGGAUCCUGACUGGGAUCUCAUGCGCGGAGUUCAAGGUGCCAACUACUGGGCUGCACUCCACACGCUGGUGCUUGAGCGCCAUCCGCGUUUCCGUUUCAGCCGUGCGGCGAUCAAGAUCAAGAUGCUGCGCAUCGAGGCACAGUACAGGCAACUCCGCGACAGGCUGUCCCGCUCUGGCGCCGGAGCGAUCCGCUACUUCCCUUCGUGUGGUGCAGACUCCAGCAACCGCGACUACUCAGCCCACCGCUCUGCCAUCGGGGCCAUCACCUUCCGUUCCCACCGCGUCCCCCACGACCUCCGCGGGUAG